AAUUAAUUAUUCAAUGCAAUGCAUGGAAGAAUGGAAAACUUACUACGUACAUGUACAUGUAUCUUUAUUUUAUUCCUUAUUGCUGGUGUAUGCUGUACGGCAGAGGACAAAGAGAAUGUUAAGCUUCCUGUAAUCAUCAAUACUUGGCCAUUUGUUGAUGCUAACAAACAAGCUGUAAAGACUCUGUCAAAUGGUGGUACGGUCCUGGAUGCUAUUGAGCAAGGCUGUACCGUGUGUGAGGUGGAACAGUGCGAUGGUAGCGUUGGAUAUGGUGGCAGUCCUGAUGAGAAUGGCGAAACAACAUUAGAUGCAAUGAUAAUGGAUGGUGAUACUCAUGAUGUUGGCUCUGUUGGUUGUCUUCGAAAUGUCAAGUCAGCAAUAUCAGUAGCUCGUAGUGUAAUGGAACACACUAGCCAGACGCUGCUGGUUGGAUCGCUUGCUACUGAUUUUGCUAGGGAAAUGGGAUUUACUGUUGAAGACCUCUCGACUAAUAAAUCAAAAUUAAUCUGGAACGAAUGGAGAGAUAAGAAUUGUCAGCCAAACUUUUGGAAUCCUGAUACGGUAUCACCAGAUCCUAGAGAAUUCUGUGGCCCUUAUCAUAACAAAUCCUCUUCUUUUGACAGCCAUACAGAGAAGAGAGUUAAACUAGAGAAACACAAUCAUGAUACCAUUGGUAUGAUUAUUGUUGAUGCUAACGGUAGAAUAGCUUGUGGUACUACCACUAAUGGGCUCAAUCAUAAAAUACCUGGUCGUGUUGGUGAUUCUCCUAUUGUUGGAGCUGGUUGCUACGUUGAGAAAGGUGUCGGUGGAGCAGCUGCCACUGGCGAUGGAGACAUAAUGAUGAGAUUCCUACCAUCAUAUCGCGUUGUUCAGAGCAUGAAAAGUGGUAUGUCACCUACUGAUGCAGUAAAGGAAGCAUUGGAUCACAUUGCAUCAUACUAUCCAUCCUUUAAUGGAGCCCUGAUUGGUGUUAAUGUUAAUGGAGAUUACGGUGGAGGUGGACAUGGUUUUUCCCCAUUCCCUGCUACAGUGUAUAAUCCUACACUAGAUAAUUCAACUGUUAUUGAUUAUUGAUAGAUUUACUCACUCCCGAACAGUGUACAUGUUUAAAUGUUUUUAAUUUGCUAUUGUUUCCUUCAAUAUGUACAUGUUUCAUUACCAAAUACAUAUUAGAUACAAUUUA